AUGGCUGCCUCAUCCAGUCAACCUGAGACUAUGAAAGCAGAAUGCAGUCUGGACAAUCCAAAGGUUCAUUCUUUUUUCUUAAUUCUUUUUACGAAAAGCUAUAUUUUAUUCCUAUUACACUAUAUACAGUGUCAUUUCAUGGCCUUUGAAGAGAACUGUAUGAUUAUUUGGUGAUGUGUCCCAAAAAGAAACAUUAAAAGUUGCCAGAUGCUGUGUAAAAACUGCUUUCAUCUAGAAAACAGAAAACCACAUGCAAUGGUGUGAUCAUGCCCUUUUGGUGAAUGGGAGUGGUGAAAAUAAGGAAUGGAGUGGACAUUACAUUUGGGGCAUUCGUUUGUUUGAUUAAUAAUUGUUCAUAUGCCUGAUUAAUUCCUAUCUGCCAGAUAGAAGGGGUUUGUUUCUAAAGACAAUGUAAUAUGUGCUACUAUGUUGGGGAAUUGGAGUGAUUAGAAAAUUUGCCUAUUCUACCCCUAUCAACUUAGUUUACAAAUUAAGUAUGUGCUAACAGCUGACGGUUACUAAACCUGCUAUGUCUUUUGGUCUCGUAUCUCCUAACUAUUCACUGUUGAUGUUAUUGUUUUUGUAGGCUUGCUAUUCUGAGAGCAGUGAUCCAGUGUUACAUGUUACUCUUCUUGGUGAUGAGUGGGGUUCAUCUGCUGGUGGGUUGUCAACAAUAAAUAGGGAGCUUGCUAUUCACCUUGCAAAUCAUUCAGCAUUGAAGGUUUCUCUACUAGUCCCAGAGGGAGCUUGCAACACUGAAGAAAUAAGAGAAGCAGAUGGCUAUGGAAUCACCAUUGUUGAGGCGAAAGAACGUGCAGCAUUUGAUCGUCUUGAUUGGCUAAGCUCACCACCCCAAGAUCAUGUUAUGGACAUUGUUGUUGGCCAUGGUGUAAAACUUGGUCGACAGGUACAAUUCAUUAGAGACUCUGCUCGAUUUCCAAAUUGUAAGUGGGUUCAAGUGGUACACACAGCUCCAGAGGACCUUAGCAGAUACAAAUGCUACAGUGACCCCAUUUCAAAAGGUGAAACAAAACACGAAUCAGAAGUUGAACUUUGCAAACUUGCUGAUCUUGUUGUCCCUGUGGGACCCAGACUGAAAGAAGCCUACAUUUCAUAUUUACAGCGAUAUAAGACGGGUCAAGACGUUUUAUCCAUUACUCCAGGCCUUUUUCAAAGGGAGUUUGGGGAUUUAAUACAAACCCGUAAUGAGCAUGCUGAGUUUAAAGUACUGCUAUUUGGUCGUGGGGAUGAUGAGGACUUUGAACUCAAGGGAUACAACAUUGCUGCUCAAGCAUUCACUGAUCGGCGGUUAAAAAACAAACCUUACCAUCUAUUUUUUGUCGGAGCACCUGAAGGAAAGCAAGAAAAAGUUAGAGAAAAACUUCUUCAACGUGAAAUUGCAGAAGCACAGUUGACUGUCAGAAAAUUUUUACAAAGUAGAGAGAAACUGAAAGAUUUGUUGUGUGAAGCUGACCUUGCCAUCAUGCCAUCAAAAUCAGAGGGAUUUGGUCUUGUCGCACUUGAAGCCUUGUCUGCAGGUUUACCAAUUCUCGUUGGUAGUAAAUCGGGAUUUGCCAAAGCAUUAGAGAAUGUUCUUCAUGGUAAUGCAUGCAUCGUGAAUUCGGAUGAUCCUGCAGAAUGGGCAAAAGCAAUUGAAGCUGUUCGCAUCAGGCAUGGAAUGAGGCUUCAAGAGAUUAAAUGGCUGAGAGAAUUUUAUGAGGAGAUGUACAGUUGGAAGGAGCAAUGUGAAGCCCUCGUGAACAGAAUGUGGAAAAUGAGUCAAGGUAAGAGUUAAUUGUUAAGCUGAUGUACUUAAUUGAUUAUGUUGUGCCAGACGUUACACUAAUGUAGCUAGUUUCCGUAGCACAGUGUACGCAAAUGUAAGGUUGCAGCGAUAGUCUUUCACAACCACUGAAUACAUGUAGUUCUUGGACCACAUUUUCGAACGGUAUGCUCUGUUAACAGCAAAACGUUUCUAUUUCUUCAGGUACAUUGUUUUCAGCGGAAUGGUCUGUGGAGGCUAUUUUGAGACUGUCAUAGACGGUCAUAGUACCUUAUUUACAGCACUUCACAUAUUUGAGUGUAGUUAUAUACACAUAAUCCCCGCAAUAGCUUGUUUUCUCCAUUUUGUUGCAACAGAAGAUUCUCUGAAGGCCCUGAGCUCCUUGAAGACAAAGUGCAACGUCUCUCAGAGGAUGGAAGGUAUGACUGAGGACCAUGAAGGUAUCUUCGUAGACAUCAUGCCUAGAAAUCAUUUAUGUCUAUUCUUAACCAAGUGAGACAAGCGCAGGAGGUGCGCGAGAGGUGGAAAAAAUAGGGACGGGGAGAGAAAUAAAACGCCGGCUGCUGAGCUUCUAUCCCAGGAAUACACAACCUGAUAUAUGCCCAACAAAUGUCCGCCCCGGGGAAGAAUGGUCACACGUGAAAUUGACUGAACCUUGAGUUUCAAAGAGAUAAUUAUUGUAACUAAAGCUUUUUUUUUCAGAGCCUUCUAUAGAAAUUUACAACAACCAAAGAACAAACUCUUACGACGGCAGUGACUGUGAAAUGAAAGCUGAUGCUGCAUCAGGAUAUCAAACUCAGAUAUCCACGGAUACAGACUCUCAGUCUCAAAGUAGCCGUGAGCUUAAAAUGUCAGGAUUCCCUUGUAAUCCAGGUAUGCAAAAACAUGAGUUGUUUUUCUUGCUAUGGCUCAUCAGUACAUUACUAUAUCUAAAGGGGAGAAGUGAUUGUUAGAUUAUUUAAAGGUACUUUUCCUACAGGACUUGUUACCGUUUACGCUUGUAAUAUAUAGAAGUGUAUUAUUGAUGAUAGUAAAACUUAUGGCGCCGAUUGGUUAGUAGUCGCUUGAUAGUUGCCAUUAUCUUCAGCGGUUAUAAAAAAAGAUUUUGAAUAAAUAAUAAAUAAAUAAAUUUAUAAAUAUACAAAAAAUUAAAAUAUACCAAACACUAAAAUUAUAAAACUUUAACUGAAACUGAAUAAAACCCGCUAAAAACGAGUAAUGAAAUUGCAUCUUAUUACAUACAUUGUAAGGGCUUUCUGGAAUGAAAUGUCUUGAGUGCCUUCUUUAAAAUGACAAGUGAGGGACUUCUCCGUACUUCAAGUGAGGAGAGCGGGAAUCUUUUUUUAAAGAAGCAUAUGUCCUCUAAGAUAGCUAGUCAUGAAGGUGCAUCUUCCCUGAGGAAGGAACCUGUCACGUAACAGUAAAAAUUAUAUUAAAACGUAAAUUUGUGUAAGUAGGUAAAUAAAUAAGUAAAUAAAUAAGUGUUAAGUUAUUGUGCAUAAUGAAUGUUUUGCUAUAGUUUUAAAAACGUGUAACUUUCCUCUUAUUGAUUUUCAGACUCUGUUGUUAUUACUGCCUUGAUCGAAGUUCUAAUUUCUGUGAAUACCCAAGAUUUAACUGUUGCACAACAAAGAAUAUUAAAAGAGGAAUUAGAGCAGUUGGCUUAUAGGUACCACAGACACCAAGGUCUUUCGUCGUUGCCAUUUGUUAGUAGAGUAGCCCGCCUUGCUGAGUUUAUAGAAAAGGCUUUUGAAGUGGUCGUACUGUUUGUGCAACCAGGAUCUUUGAUAAUAACAGUACAGUGCCCCAGUCUAGAGAGUCUUGAAAGUCUGUGGAAUGAUUACUGUUCUGGUUACCUUAAUGACAUCGUUGAAAGGUUCCUGGUGACUGAUGAACUCAAGAGAAAGCUCGGGAUGGACAAUGUCAGGUUGAAGACAACUAUAGAAGAGGAAAAUUACUUGAUUUGCAAGAAAGCUUUCAUGGAAAACUCAGGUGAGUGCGGCAGUCUCAGUAGAGCUUUUUUGGGGGAACAUGUAUUUUGGCUUAAUAAGUUUUAUGCUUCGAGGGGCGUGUAG